UUCCCGACUCUCACCGGAGCCCAGUCUUCCAUAGCCCGGGGUGAGACUUGUAAAACUGCCCUCUACGGUCAUCCCGGAAAGUAGGCGGCUUUUUUCUGCAGACGCUUAAGAAAGGAAAAGAAGGAAAGAAAAAAAAAAGCCCUUCCAUCCCCCCAAGAACUGGGUUUGAAUUGCUUUUCAUCUGGAGUGGCAGUGAUUCAGCGACCCCCUUCUCAGCAGCAGGCAGUGACAGAGACAGGAGAGGAAACACACAGCGAAUGAAUCAGACGGGGAGCACAGUGAAGAAAUGGGCAAUUUACAAUGCUGUGUGCAUAUUGGCGGGCGCUGACAGCUUAAUGGAGACAUCAUCCCUUCCUCAUUCUUGAGAUCAUCAAUUAGGGCAUUUCACAAGUUGAGCAACAGGCUGCCCACUCAGAAGCAUCACCCCACACCAUAGGAAGAGAACCCAAACUGAGGAUUCCAGAGAUUCCAAACAACCAAUAAUAUGAAGAAGAAGCCAGUGUGGCAGAGGUGAUCUGGAUCCAAGAAGAAAUGGAAAAUGCCUAUAAUAAAAAACUCUUCUCUGAAGAGACCAACAAUAGCACAUUCAUCAGAAGCCAAGUUGGAGCCCAGGAAGAGACAACAGAAGCGGGGGGCCCGGGGCCCACAUUAGAGGAAAGAAAAGAGAAUUUUCUCCUAGCCAAAAUGAAAGGCAUGCAAGCCAGUCAGAAAACUUCGGUGGCCCUACAGAGUGAACUUCAUGAGCAGGAAGAUAAAAUGAAGAAUCAAACACAAAGAAAAGAUACCCAAGACAGUCUCCUAAUGACACAGCGAUCUUUAGCACAUUUUUUUUCGACAGCAAAUUCAGAUACAAUGCUAUCAUUUCCAUGGUCAUUAUCCUAUGAAAUGCCUCUUGAUUACACUCUGUCUAGCCCUCACUUUAGUGGACUAACUGUAUCAACAAUUGGGCAGAAGACUCCUAAAACUACAGGAGUGGGACUUUCCAGAUCAGAAAACAGCUUGGGAAUCAACAGCUCCAUAAUGACAAAGAGACAGGCUCUGCCAUACCUUGCUCCUGAGAUACCAGUAACUGGGGAAGGAGAAGAUUACUUCCUAUCUUUGUUUGGUGAUUCAAAGAAAUUUCUUUCACACUCAUCCCCUGCAGAGAAAGCCUGGAAACACUUUUCUAUGAUUCUUGAAGAAGUAGGCCAAUCUAGAUCCAGUGCUCUUGGAGACAUUAAAAUAGCUGAAGUGAAUGUCAAGGGUUUAUUUGUGAAACUCAUUAACUCUUCCCUUGACAAAGAAUUGGAGAUUGGAGGUCAUAUUCUCCAGCAAAAUGUGAAUGGACAAGCAGUCUCUUUUUACCGCUUCCUUCCAAAUAUCACAAUGCAGGCCAAUUGCACAGUAACAGUGUGGGCAGCUGUAUCUGAAGCAAAGCAUCAGCCACCAUCAGAUUUUCUUUGGAGAGAACAAAACAAGUUUAGAACAAGCCCAAACUGUACAACGAUUUUGUGCAAACCUAAUGGUGAAGCUGUUGCCUGGUACACUCCUAUUCACUGGAAGCAAGCGUGGGAGAAAUUAGAGACUGACAUUGAAUUUGACAGACGCUCAGUUGUAAGUCCAACAUCUCGAAGACACAUGUUUAGUUGGCCAGCAGCUAUAACUACAACUAAAGAAAAACAAGAUAAAUGUAAUAAAGAUAAUUCAAAAUGUCAGAUGGAGCAAGUUAAAGUUUUUCUUAAAAGAGAAAUUGAAAACCGACCAAGCCCCUUUCCCAAUAGCAGCCCUUGGUGCCACAGUCCCAGUGCCCCUGCACACCCCUACAGUCCUCUGAUUGAAACUUGCAGUACGUGCGUGGCUGGAAGCAGCUUAGACAGACAGCCAAGCCCUCAGUCAUCCAGGCCUGAUCCAGCCCAGGGACCAAGAAAAAUAGGACAUCUGAGUUACAAAAGCAAGUAGACAAUCAACUCAACUUUUUUAAAGGACAAUAACAUCCAAAUCUAGAGAGUACAUGAAUGCCCAACAUGUCACAGCCAGCCUUCUGCAAAGCACAGGAAGCCAGCUGCAAGCAAGAAAAUGGUUUCUUUUCGAAAAAAUAAUUCCUCCAGACUUUACAGUAACCAUUUCUUAAAGAAGGAAAUAAGAGUUUGUGGUCAAGUUAAACCAUUUGUUUUCUAGGCUGUUAAGAAGAGAAACACGGGUCAAAAGGAAAACCACCCCAGUCUUCACUUUAUACACAUGAUGUUCCCCCACCACUAAUUUCUGUUCUAACCUGCCCAGCUGUUAUGUCUACUAUUCCACCAUGUCAGCAGAAGAAUUUUCCAAGAGCAUGUUUCAGGAAUUCUGAACCUGUGGUCUGUCUGAUUCUUUACACUUGCAAUCUGGUCUAUCUCAUUAAAACAUGGAUUAAUUGAGCUUUCUAAUGACUGGAAGUAGUAGUUGAAGCUUCCAUGUUGUAACUAGUUGGGAGUUCUUAAAAUUGCCUACACUUACCUCAAAUUCAUCAAAAAUAGUGUCUUCUAGCUGCAGUAUUAUGUACAAAAUCCCAUGGAUGCGAAAUGCCAAGAAUGUUUCAACUAAAUUAUCUGGUAGAGCACUUGUUUUUCAACCAUUCUUAUUCCUUAUUCUUUAACAAUCUUAUUCUAUACCCAUCACAAGUAUAGAAUUUGAAAAAUAGGGGCGCCUGGGUGGCUCAGUGGGUUAAGCCGCUGCCUUCGGCUCGGGUCAUCA